AUGAAAUUAAUGAAUACCAAUAUGAAAAUCUACUUCAAUAAAACUUGUGAAAAAUUGAAAAUCGUUCCAAAAUACAUCAAUAUACAUAUCAAAUGCACAUCUGAAGAUGCAAUCAAAGCCAAGAAAGGAGUAGAGACACUAUGGUUGAAUUCUGAAAUAAAAUUAGUGUUCAGCAAGAAACGCGUAAUAGUAGUUGAUAUUAAUAAUUUAGAAACAAUUUUAUCCUAA